AUGGUGAAACCCAAAGGCGACAAUGACGUUACCAGCAAUGAGGCUGAGGAUCAGCAGUCGCAGCAGCAGAUUCUCCGUGAUGUUCUCACAAAGAGGUCCGAACUUGAAGCCAGACAGAUGAUGGCAGCUGUGACCAAUGAAUUGGAGCGCCAACAUCAAGAGAAUCAAGAAAUGCCAACAUCUCAGCCUUCUCGAACUGAAUACAAGAGACCGCCUUUGAAUAGCAGUGCACAGGCCACUCCAUCAAGCCACAUGAAUAAUUCUUUUUCUGGAGACAGAGGAAUCUUGAAGGUUUUACAAGAUAGGGCGAGCACAGCAACGGCCGCAGUAGCGGAAGAAGAUCAGUUUAGGGACGAGAAGACUAAAACUUCAGCGAAUCAAAAUGAUAAGGUGGUAGCAGAAAAUACAGCAUCUACUGCCAAUGAGACAGGGGAGCAGCCGCCGCCACCAACCGCUCUGCGUCGACAAGCACCCCAUCAGUCCCGUCCCGGAGCAUACAUGGUUGCUCCUGGGGAAUCCAUACAACGAACAGAGACUCUCAAUUUUGGGAUGCUACGAAAUGUUGCCAAUACAGUGACUACUUUCUUGAAUGCAUUGGAUGCUGAAGUUUCAGCCGUUGAAUUAGGUGGCCCAGAUGAAUCAUCCGAGUCACAGAGCCCUAAAUCCCAGAGCAGGAAAUGUGUUCUGCUUGCACUUGUUGGUUUGCUGGUUGUGAUUAUCACUGUUGGCGGUGUCUGUGGAAGUGGUGUGUGCAGUGGAGGCAGCAGUGAGCAAGUGGUGCCUACAAUGCCUCCAACCUCACAGAAGUAUUUUGAGCAUCAAAUGGCAAUUUUGGAUUUCUUUGGAGAGGACUAUUUUGAUGGAAUGGAUAUUGCAUCCUCCCAGUACAAGGCCUUGGAUUGGAUCACAAAUGAUCUGAUAGUACCAGAGGAUGAUCAUUUCAUUCAAAGAUUUGUUUUGGCAGUCUUCUACUUUCACACAUCGCAGCAGUCACGAUGGGUGGCAUGUGCCCCACGGAUGAUAUCCUGCGACGACAAUCAUGGAGAUUACAUUGGUGUUAUCUGGAUGCAUGCAAGCAAUGAAUGCCUCUGGGGUGGAAUAGAAUGUGAUGAUAAAAGUGGUCGUGUUACAGAGUUGAGUAUGAUACACAAUGACUUGAAUGGGAAGCUGCCAACAGAGCUGGCUGUUCUCUCCAAGUUGACCGUUCUCAAUCUGAGGGACAACAGACUCACAGGGCCCUUGCCAUCAGAACUCUACACGCUUGCUUCGUUGGAGGAACUGAACUUGAGCCACAAUUCUCUAUCAGGAGAAAUCAGCACUGAAAUUGGACUCUUGACAAGUCUGUCCAAGAUGGAUAUUUCAAACAACCAGUUCUUUGGAAGAUUGCCAGAAGAGAUAUCAGCCUUGACAGGGUUGUACCAGUUUGACAUCCACGGAAAUGAUGGCUUGCAUGGCAAGAUUCCUCAAGCUGUAUGCGACAGUGCCAAUAGCCACAAUGAGAAUGAAGAAAUAAUAGUCAAGGCAGACUGUGUCGAGUAUACCAGUUUACCAAGUGAAGGGGUGGUGACCUGCCCAAAGGACUGCUGCACAGAAUGCUGCUCUGACGGGGGGUGCUAUCCUGCUGAAUGA